AUGGCUUCUCCAAAACCCAUCAACCUACAAGUGCGUCCUCGAGGAAAGCCCAUCAGGAGCCUGCCUGAAACUGUUGAAGUACACCCGAAUGCGGCCACAACCGACCUGUAUUCCGAACUCGCUCGAAGAGCCAAAUAUUCCGUUGACCAGCUCCGUGUGACGAAAGGAUCCGAUGGCAGCGUUGUCACCAACAGUAAAGACACUACGAUACACUCCACAGGCCUGCGUGACCAGAGCACGGUCUAUGUGAAAGAUCUCGGGACACAAAUCGCAUGGCGCACGGUCUUCCUGGUCGAGUACUUGGGUCCUAUAUUGAUUCAUCCCCUGGUCUUGGCCUUGAGGCCUUACAUCUACCCGUCAGCGGCCAAAGAUGCGUCACAACUGCAAACACUGCUCUGCACGCUGAUAUGCUUGCACUUCGUCAAGCGGGAGUUUGAGACCUUGUUCGUGCAUCGCUUCUCGGCGGCCACGAUGCCAAUCCGGAACAUCUUCAAGAACUGUUUCCACUAUUGGAUCCUCUCUGGCGUCAUGAUCGCAGCUUUUAUCUACUCACCAUCCUCCGUGGCAGCACAAGAGCCAAAUUCGCUCCUGUUGUUUCCAGGCUUGGUGGUCUUUGCUCUCGGGGAGCUGGGUAACCUGCAAGCACAUCUCACUCUCAAAGGACUCAGGAGCGCCGGAGGCACGGAAAGGGGCAUUCCUCAGGGCUUCUUGUUCGAUCUCGUCACUUGCCCUAACUAUAUGACAGAGACCAUCUCAUGGCUUGGCAUCUACCUCAUAAGCGGUCUUAGCUGGGGUGUUCUCAUCUUUCUCAUAGUGUCUGUCCUUCAGAUGGGUCAAUGGGCAGUGAAGAAGGAGCGGAGGUAUCGCAAGGAGUUUGGUGACAGGUACAAGAAGAAGCGUUUCACGAUGCUUCCGGGCAUCUGGUGA